AUUUAAGGGAAGGAUGAGACGAGUCACAACUUUUCCCAGAAUUAAAAGAAAAAAAAAAAAAAAACGUGUUUCUUCAAGGUUGUAGUGUAGAGGGGGCUAGUAAGAGGAAAUGAGACACAAACCCAAUGAGUAGGACAGAGCAGGCUAGCUUUUUCGCAGUCGUUGUCCAUCUAUGUUUCUCGUGUGUGUCUCCAACCAGGAGCCCCCUUUACACUUCAAUGCAAAGUAGCGCCGCAAGCGCCCCACGUCUGCGCGCCGCGGGGGAAGGGCAGGGCUGACACCACUUCCUCCCCGAGACAGCAGACCUGAGCCGAGUAGAGCCCAGUACAACGUGUCCCCUUCCCGGCUGGUGCCCCGACGCAGACCCGCACCCUGCCUGCGACCCGGUUAAGUCCAGCACAGCCGUCAAGAUGGGUGAGUCAAAUGAUGAUAUAGACCAAAUGUUCAGCAAUCUGCUGGGAGAGAUGGAUCUCUUGACCCAGAGUUUAGGAGUCGACACACUUCCUCCUUCAGACCCCAAACCUCCCAGAGCUGAAUUUAACUACAGUGUGGGUUUUAAGGAUUUAAAUGAGUCCUUAAAUGCACUGGAAGACCAAGAUUUAGAUGCUCUCAUGGCAGAGCUGGUAGCAGAUAUAAGUGAAGCAGAGCAGAGGACCAUCCAGGCACAGAAAGAGUCUUCUCAGAACCAACAGCAUUCAGCAUCUCUGGACAUACCAGAUUCCAGUGGCGCAGCCUCCCUCAGUUAUGGAGCAAACGUCGCUGCAAUUCAUGUGAGCCAGUAUGAGGAUGUUUUACCACCUCCACCAGAGGAUCCCCUGUUAGACCUUCCUCCGCCGCCGCCACCUCCUGAACCUCUCUCUCAGGAAGAAGAAGAAGCCCAGGCGAAGGCUGAUAAAAUUAAGCUGGCAUUGGAAAAACUGAAAGAAGCCAAGGUCAAGAAGCUGGUUGUCAAGGUGCACAUGAAUGAUAACAGCACGAAGUCGCUGAUGCUGGAUGAGCGGCAGUUGGCCCGAGAUGUUCUAGACAACCUUUUUGAGAAAACCCACUGUGACUACAAUGUAGACUGGUGUCUUUAUGAAAUAUACCCAGAACUACAAAUUGAAAGGUUUUUUGAAGACCAUGAAAAUGUUGUGGAGGUCUUAUCAGACUGGACAAGAGACACAGAAAACAAAGUGGUAUUUUUGAAGAAAGAGGAAAAGUAUGCUGUAUUUAAAAACCCCCAGAAUUUUUACUUGGAUAACAAAGGAAAAAAAGAAAGCAAGGACACAAAUGAGAAAAUGAAUGCUAAGAACAAGGAAUGCUUACUUGAGGAAAGUUUCUGCGGAACAUCCGUCAUUGUGCCAGAGCUUGAAGGAGCCCUUUAUUUGAAAGAGGAUGGAAAGAAAUCCUGGAAAAGGCGCUAUUUUCUUUUACGAGCUUCUGGAAUUUAUUACGUACCUAAAGGGAAGACUAAGACAUCUCGAGACCUGGCGUGCUUUAUACAGUUUGAAAAUGUCAACAUUUACUAUGGGAUUCAGUGUAAAAUGAAGUAUAAAGCACCCACUGACUACUGCUUUGUUUUAAAGCAUCCCCAAAUUCAGAAGGAGUCCCAGUACAUCAAGUAUCUCUGCUGUGAUGACGGAAGAGCGCUCAACCAGUGGGUCACGGGGAUAAGGAUCGCAAAGUAUGGAAAGACUCUCUAUGAUAACUACCAGCGGGCCGUAGCCAGGGCCGGGCUGGCCUCUCGGUGGACAAACAUGGGCACCGUCAACACAGCCACCCCAGCUCCGCCUUCUACAGGACUUAAAGCAGGCCCGGCCCAGGCCAACGGUCAGAUCCCCCAGGCCACACACUCUGUGAGUGCCGGCCUCCAAGAAGCCCAGGGACACGUGGACACACCUAAGGACAAGAAGCCAGUCCUUGCUAACCAGGUCCCAGGACCGCCCAGGGCCCAUCACCCUCCGAAGUCCAGCCUGCCACCGCCCCCUCCCGUGCGACGGUCCUCAGACACAGGUGGCAGCCCAGUGAUACCCCCCAAGGCCAAGGGCACCGGCUUUCCAGCCCCAUCGGAUGACUUUCUGCCACCGCCCCCGCCGCCCCCACCCAUGGAGGAGGAUGAAGAGCUGCCACCACCACCCCCGGAUUUUAACGAAGGGCCACCAGACUUCGUGCCUCCUCCUCCCCCUUCGUUUGCCGGGGAUGCGGGGUCCUUACCACCCCCUCCUCCACCCCCACCCAUCCUUGCCCCCGAAUCCGAGAGGCCGUCCCCUGUUGUUGCCAAAAGGCCUCCGAUUCCCCCCAAAAGGCAAGAGAAUCCAGGACCACCCGGCGGGGGAGGAGGCACGGAGCAGGAUUUCAUGUCAGAUCUCAUGAAAGCUCUGCAGAAGAAAAGAGGCAACAUGUCCUAAGGGAAACAUCCAGAUGUCUUUGUGUGAUAGGUACCAUCGUUUCUAACCUCAAGUGCAUUUUUGCUACUUUAUUUUCGUGAUAUGUUGGUCAUUUCGGAUAAAAUAUAAAGUGUGCAGACUAGAAAUGUAAAACGUUUCACUGUUGCUGAAGUGCAUUCAUAACCAUUAAGCUAACACAGAAUUUACAGUAUUUGUCUAAAUGUACAUACUCUUCCUGUGAGGUGUACAUCGGUGGAAUUUCUCUCACCUUCCAAGCUAACCAAAAUAAUGUUUUAUCUUCAUUUAUUUUAUGACAUUCAGAAGCAUGGAAUUAAUAAAAGUAAAAUUUUUCUUCCUGAAGAUGGUAUUUCUAGGAAUAUCUGUACAAAUCUAGGGCAAUAUUAACACUUUUUAUAAUAUACUUGAUAUUUUGAAAAGAGCUUUUGAAAUCCUGCACCUUCUAAAGUCUUAUUGAUCUUCCACAUAUUUUCCACCUUCAUCUCCAUGACUUCCAGAAUUUUCACAAAAACCAAAGAGGAAAAUUUUCUGAAAGCGAACUUCUUUGGCCCCAGCGGAGUUCAGGGUCAUUCCUUUCACAUCAUUUGUACCUGAAACUUGACCAAGGGGGUACUGGGGCCCAUGGCUUGGAUCAAGGGCACUGAGAGCACAGGGCCUGGGCGCUGGGCAGGGACAGGGAGAGAUGUGGUUGUCAGGGCGUCAAGAAGGACCCCAAAACAGUCACUUCACACUUGUUCCCAACUUAGAGAAGAAAUAAGCCUGCGGACGUGCUUAACCGAGAUCCCGCAGAGCUGGAUCACAGCCGGGUCUCCUCACUUCUCUCCACAGCACACCCUUCCCUUACAGGGGAAAACUGUAAAAAUUACUGGGUUUUGAUCCACUCUCAUAGUUUCUGUCUUUUAACUGCUGUGUUUAGACUCUCGAUGUUUAAGGUGAUGGCUGGCCCGCUGGGCACCGUCCUUGCGACUGUGCUCCACCACGGCCCUUGUUGUCUGUCCCUGCAUUCAUCUUCCACUCUGGCUCUGCCUUCUGUGGUUUUAAGUGAGCACUUUAUAUGAUUUCAUUUUAUUUCCCUUUUUAGCACAUCAAGUAUACUUUUUUUCACUUUGCUAGUAAUUAAUUCCAGGGCUAAGGUAUGAAAUAUACAGGAUGAACCUGGAACAUCUUACCACACCAGAAAACAAGGUAGUUAGCAAAAACUUCUAGGAUCGUGUCAAAAGGAGCCAAUAUGAAUAAAACCUCACCAAAUCAAAUGCGGGACACUUUGUACAUCAGUAAGGAUAAUAAAUGCAAUUGUAUGAAACAUAAAAUAUGCUUAAAUUCAAGAGUUUGUACUGACACUAACAUAAACAAGACCACUGCCUGUCUUUAGAGCAUGCUUGGGAACCCACUCGCGAGUCUGCCUUUCUGUAUCGCAGGAUAACCAAACAAUAAAUAAUGGGAAGUUUUCCUCUCUAGAAGGCUCCUGACAAAUUAGAUUAUCAUCAUCUGCAGCCUUACUGAACCAGUGGGUCGAGGUGAUGAGUGUCAGUGACCAGUGAGAUUACACAGGGAGACCUGGGGGACGUACACAACACUAGCCUCCUGACAGCAAGUAUUUCUACCAAAUAAAUCAGAUCUGCAUCUGAAUCAGGCCCUAGAUUUACAGAAAUACAGGGGACACAGCAACAUGUUAAACAAGACCACAGAGAUGCAAUCAGCAAAAUGCAGACUGGGAGACACUAGAGGAUGAAUUAUCUGGUUUCUGUAACCAAAACAAAACAAAAAAUUGCAAGAAAAAAAGAUGUAAGUGGCUCAAAGCAGUUAUCAAAAGAAACUUAAAAGAUUUAUCAUCUAAUUAUAAUGAACAAUCUUUAUUGGGAUCCAAAUUCAAAUAAGCAACUAUGAAACAAUAGUGAUGGUGAUGCCAUAAAACAAUAUGAAAAACUGAAAACUGGCUACUUGAUUUCAUGCAUUCGGGAGUUAGUUGUUCAUUCUCUUAAGGUGAUAAUGACAUUGUGUGUAUGUAUUUUAAAUCAGUAAUGUCCAGAGAUGCAUACAGACAUAUGGUAAAUUAAAUGAAACAAUGUCUGCAAAUUUCUUUAAAACACUAGGGACACUGAGAAGUGUGCAGAGGUCUAGAUGAAGCAAGACUGGCCACGCAUUGAUAAUUAAUAAGCUGGUUGAAUAAAAGGUAAACGAGGUUCAUUAAACUAUGCUCUUAACUUUGGUAAGUGUUUGAGGAUUAGCAUUAUAGACCAAAGAAAACAGCUGUAAGAGUACAGUUAAGCUAGCAUACUCAUUGGAUGUGCUCCAAAGUGCUGGGCACAUAAUAAGUGUUAGAUGAAUACUUACAAAUUCAUUAUAAAGCAUUAUCAAAAUUUUUUAGUUAUUGAGAAUAACUCACAGUUUACCAAAAACCCCUUAUGGUUCCAUUAAAGUUAUUAAUUAGAACAAAAAUGAUCACAAAGAUGUUUCAAAGAACAGGUUCAGUUUAUUUAGUUGAGAAAUAUUUUUUAUAUAAUCAUUAUUAUGAAAUUCAGGAUUGUCACCAAAAUGUAGAAGGUCAUUAAGAAUUUAUCAAAUUGAUUAUUCUAUGUUGAAUUCAAUGAUGGAAGUAUUCUUUAAUUUAGUUUUUCCAAAUUAA